UGUCCCGGGACGAGAAGACUUUUCUCGCUCUCGUCGUUUUCACGCUAACACAACAAUUUAUCGUCGUUAAUAAUAUUUGUAGAAGAAGGCAACCAACCAAGAACAACUUAAAGCUUCAUAAGGCAUCCAUUUUUCGUCUUUUUCUUUUCUUUUUUUUAGGGCGACGUGAGCCGUUUUGGAGGCGAAACUAGUUGGAAGGAUUUUUGGGCAACGGCUUCGAGUUUGUCAAAUAAAAUAAGUAAAUUUCUUCUGGACUAACUUUCGAACCUAUUUUCUGUUUCACAGUGCAACCAAUUUGUAGUUUCUUGGACUGUUUUUAUUAUUUUUUUAUUUUAUUUUUUUAGGGUGCGGGUGUGGGGGUGGGGGGUGUAAUAUUCCAGUUGUUAAACUCAUCCGUGACGUAUGAUAGUUUGGAUUUAAAAAGCAGGCCGACUACCAUGAGCUCAUCGCGGGUAAAACCUCAGCACGCCGCCCGCUCGCCGCACACCUCCGAGGCGAGAGAAGGCAUCGAGAUGGAGAGCAUCCAGCAGCAUCGUCAGGACUCAGCGGCCGGGGGAAUCGCUGCGGGUACCCCGUCCUCUCCGUCCAGACAAGCCUGGAGCCGCGACAACCCGGGUUUCGAGCCCGGCGACGAGAUAAUAGCAGCGGACUGGCCUCCAGCCAGCCCCGGGAGGAGGUCGGCGUCCACGGCCUCCAGUAACAGCAGCUGCAGCAGCGGUCUGGGCAGCUACAACGUCAGCGGCGGCGGUGGAGGCAGCCCCCGGAUCGACGGUGGAGCAGCCAACCCGAGCCCGAGUGGGGAUGAGAGGCAGCGGGGCAGGCUUCACCACAGCAGCUGUAUGAAGCAGAUACUCCAGAAAAUUCGAAUUCUGUGGGGCACGGAGCUGAUGGAGGACAACAACAGUAGUCGAGAGCGGUAUCUAUGGAACGUCUUGAGAGAGAUGCUCAUCUACGUUGCAUUCCUCAUCACCGUUUGUGUCCUGACAUAUGGGAUGGUGAGCACCAACAUGUAUUACUACACCAAAGUCAUGUCGCAGCUUUUCCUGGACACACCCCUUUCCCCUGGCGAGGCAGCCACAUUUAGGAGCCUCUCAACCAUGGAACACUUCUGGAAGUUCACCGAGGGGCCUUUUCUCAACGGUAUGUACUGGGAGGUAUGGUACAACAACAAGAGCCUGCCCGAGAACCAUACUCUCAUCUUCUACGAGAACCUCCUGCUCGGGGUGCCGCGCCUCCGGCAGGUUAAGGUCCGUAACGAGUCGUGCAGCGUGCACGAGGACCUGCGCGACCAAGUCCGCGACUGCUACGACGUCUACACACGCGCCAACGAGGACACAGCCCCCUUCGGGCCCGGGAACGGGACGGCGUGGACGCACGUGGCAGAGGGUGCCGCCAACGGGAGCAGCCACUGGGGUCGCGUGUCCGAAUACGGCGGCGGGGGAUACUACCAAGACCUGUCCCGGACGAGGGAGGAGUCGGCGGUCCAGUUGCGCUUCCUCAAGGACCACCUGUGGCUGAACAGAGGCACCAGGGCCGUUUUCCUCGACUUUGCUGUCUACAAUGGUAACAUCAACCUCUUCUGCAUCGUCAGGUUGUUGGUGGAGUUCCCGGCGACGGGCGGGGUGGUGACGUCCUGGCAGUUCCAGACGGUGCGUCUGAUCCGAUACGUGUCCAGCUGGGACUACUUUGUGGGCUUGUGCGAGGUCAUGUUCUGCCUCUUCAUCCUCUACUACGUGGUGGAAGAGGCGCUGGAGAUCCGCAUCCACCGCCUGCAUUACUUCAGGAAUCUGUGGAACUGCCUGGAUGUCCUCAUCGUCACUUUGAGCGUGGUGGCCAUCGUCAUGAACAUAACGAGAACAGCGAUGGUAAGCCACCUGCUCAAGACCCUGCUGGAGAACUACACCACUCACCCCACGUUCGAGCCUCUGGCCAACCUGCAGCUUCAGUUCAACAACGUGGUGGCGGUCAUUGUCUUCUUCUCCUGGGUUAAGCUCUUCAAGUUCAUCAACUUCAACAAGACCAUGAGUCAGCUGACGGGCACCAUGUCUCGCUGUGCCAAGGACCUGGUUGGUUUCGCCAUCAUGUUCUUCAUCAUCUUCCUGGCGUACGCCCAGCUGGCGUACCUGCUCUUCGGAACCCAAGUCAACGACUUCAGCACCUUCCAGGCCAGCAUUUUUACUCAAUUCCGCAUCAUCCUGGGAGAUUUUGAGUUCUCCGAGCUCGAGGAGGCCAACCCGGCGCUGGGGCCCGUCUACUUCACGACCUUUGUCUUCUUCAUCUUCUUCAUCCUCAUGAACAUGUUCUUGGCCAUCAUCAAUGACACGUACUCUGAGGUGAAGGCGGACAUGUCUCAGCAGAGGUCUGACAUGGAGAUGAGCGACCUCAUCAAGAAGGGUUGUAACAAAGCCUUGAUGAAGCUCAGGCUGAAGAAGACGGCGGUGGACGACAUCUCGGACGGCCUGCGCCAGGCCGGAGGCAAGCUCAACUUGGACGAACUGCGACAGCAUUUAAAGGGGAAGGGCCACACGGACGCAGAGAUUCAGGCCAUCUUUGCCAAGUACGAGCAUGAGGGUGACCAGGAGCUGACGGAACAAGACCACCAGCAGAUGAGAGAUGACCUGGAGAAAGAGCGAGAGGACUUGGAUCUGGAGCGCAACUCCCUGACCAGACCGUGCAGCGGCCGCAGCCUGCCUCGCGGCCAGGACGACUCGGAGGAGGACGACGACGAGGACAGCGGGCACAGCUCGCGGCGCCGCGGCAGCAGCUCGGGCGGCGUCUCCUACGAGGAGUUCCAAGUGCUGGUGAGGCGCGUGGACAGGAUGGAGCACUCCAUCGGCAGCAUCGUGUCCAAGAUAGACGCCGUCAUCGUCAAGCUGGAGGCUAUGGAGAGAGUUACCCUCAAGCGGAGGGACGUGUUGGGAAGGCUCUUCGAAGGCGCCAUGGAGGAAGAGCGCGGCGGUCGGGACGCGGACGCCCACAGCGAACAGGAGCGUCUGGUGAGGGAGGAACUGGAGCGCUGGGAGUCGGACGACGUGUCCUCGCAGGUGGGCCACCCUCACCCCGGCGGGGCCACGCCGCGCCCUCGCCCCCGCCCCGCUUCCUCGCCGUCCGUGGACGCCGUGGACGCCAACGGGAGCGCUCACGUGUAAAAAAAGAAAGGUAAAAAAAAAAAAGAAGGGACAUUUAAAGGGAUUCAUGGGCUGUGAAUAAUAAGAGCAAUCACGACGACGACGAUAGUCGCCUCCGAUGCACUGACAGUAUGGCUGCGGUUCUCUUCAUUUGUCAAGUGCAGUAUCGGUCACAAAAACAGCAAUACCUGAUUAUUCCCGUCAGGCAAAUGGAGGAUUGAGGAAAGGACUAGCAUUAGGGACCACCACGCUGAAAAGAAUAUUUGACCAACUAAUGCCACAUUGUUACAAAGAAUGAAGUGAGCCGACUGAAAACUACUCAAGUUGGGGUAGCUCCAUUUUGUUAUUUUGCAGGAGAGUGAUUUCAGGUUUUACUUCUGAGAAAAAGCUUGGCGCAUUUAUAUCUUGUGAUUUCUAUGGCAAUGAUUACUUCUUCUGGAUACUUGUUUUAAAGUGUUAUGAUGACUUACCAACUUACAAGUUCUUCCAGAUAUGAGCUGAGAUUUAAACGAUUAUUCUUUUUUUUUUCGCUUUAACUUGUGAGCGCAUACUCGAGCUACACCAGCGCAUUGUGGUAUGUAUGCUAUAUGGUGUACUUAGCCUUGUGUCCGCUAGUUUAAUGCUAACGGUAGGUAACACGCGAUGGGAAAUGUAAUGACAACCUUUAAGCAACUGUAUGUGAACACAAACGGUGCAGCAACACAUUUUGACCUUCAGUAUAAGAAUACUCACAGUCAUAUAUUCUUUGUCCUCUGCGAGGAGCUGAGACAUCUAUACUGUACAGACGUCCAUGUAUGUGCAGUAUAUCUGUCUGCCUGUCUUAUACUACCCCCAGAUGGCCAAGGUGGGCAGCAGCACAAUGGCCAUCCAAUUGAUGCAUAGUGUGAAAAAAAACUUUUAAUUCUUUUUCAUUCUUUUUAAUUAGCUCAUUGCUGUAUUUUUAAAACCUAAUAUUAUGUAGAGUGCUAUUUUGUAUUAUUAUAGGAACACUACAGUUUUUAAGGAUUAAGGAGAUUUCCAUUCAUUUUAGUGAUGAAAGAGUGAUUUGAGAUCCAAGUGAUUUGAACAAUUUGAACGAAUUAAAUUCAUAUCUCAAGACACCACCAUGUGUGUUUUUUCUUAGAUUUUUGGGAUUUUGCCACAAAAAGAUUUUGGACUUGGAUCACACGGUCUGUAUCAUCUGGUGUAGGUUGGCUGAAAGAACAGAAACAAACAGGGAUGUUUUUUAAAGAAAAACUGUUGUGCAAAGUCCAAACAUCGGUCAAAUCUAUCAAUAUUUCAUGAACGAUGAUAAAUAACAAAGACAUUCGCUGCCAUUGACGGCUAUAUCAUUUCCAAAUCCACGUUAACUAGGAAGACUGGCAAUUUUGAAAAAUUGUUGUCUUCUGUCAAACUCUGAACGUCACUUCUGGGAUGUUUUCGUGGGAGAUGUAGAUGAAAUGAUGAAUCCAAAAAGUGCUGCCGAGUGCAAUAUAGGACUGCCCCCUAUAUGUCAAAAUUGGAACUAAAUAUUGAUUUAAACCAGUAUUCAUCUGCUAGAUAAAGAUUUUCUCUAUUAAUUGCUGCACUUCACUUCAAAAUGACAAAAAUGGAGUUAGUCCACUGUCGUUCUCAGUGGCUCUUUUUUUCUUCCCCCCUCAUAAAAUUGAGACCUUUUCAUGUAAUAAUCCAACUUUUUCCCCCCUGGAAAUAUUUUUAAAAAUAAUAAUAAUAAUUCUCAGAAAAUGACAACUUGUUGUAAAAUCAAUAAUGUCCUUGACCUUGUAUGACUGUAUUGUGCUAAUUGUAUCCAUUUCUUUUUUGUAAUUGACUUUUUUUCUUUGCACUGUGGUCUUAAUGCUCCUUUUAGGUCGCCAGCAUCCUAAAAUGUGGCAUUGCUUUAAUUGUUUUGCACACAUGUAUUCAUUCAGUCCCUUGUCACAUUUGAACACAUACCAAAGGAAGCACUUUUUUUUUCCAGUGUUCAUUUUGUUGCUUUUAAUCCACCGUAGUUGCGUUAAGCGGGAAUCUACCUUUUGAAGCUUCCAAAUGACUUUGCUUAUUAUAUUCCUUGUAACACACACAAACACGCAUACGCACGUACACACACGCACACAAUGUAACUUGAAACAAACUUCAAUUUGGAGUGCAAAUAGUAUUCAUGGGAAGCCCAUGCAUUUAUAUUUUUAUCCUGUGCCUUAAUAUUUUGUCUUUUUUUUUAAUGUGUUUAUCUAAUAAAAGUAAAAAAUUCUAAA